CUUUCAUGGAAAUCUCAUUGGGCAUUUCUGUUGCCUUCCUUUUUGUCUUCACAUUUGUCUCCACAUUAUGCUGGGGACACAAGCAAAGAUCACUAAAGCAACUUAGAAGGAAGUAUUUUGAGCAAAAUGGAGGAAAUUAUAUGCUGCAGCAAAUUUAUCAACAACAAGGACAUACUGAUAGAUCCAGGAUUUUUUCUGAAGAUGAGCUUAGAACUGCUACAAACAACUUUGAUGAAAGUAGAAUUCUUGGCCGUGGAGGACAAGGCACAGUUUAUAAGGGUAUAUUACCAGAUAACACGCUUGUUGCCAUCAAAAAGUCCAGAAUAGGUGGGGAUCCUAGACAGAUUAAGGAUUUUAUCAAUGAAGUGGCUGUACUUUCCCAAAUUAACCAUAGGAAUGUGGUCAAACUUUUUGGGUGUUGUCUUGAAACGGAAGUUCCUUUGUUAGUUUAUGAGUAUGUGGACAAUGGCACCCUUCUUGAACAUAUAGACCCACUAAAGAGUGAGCACCCUCUUUCAUGGGAGAUUAGAUUAAGGGUUGCUGUAGAAACAGCCGAAGCCAUCUCAUAUUUACACUCUGCUGCUUCUAUUCCAAUUAUUCAUCGCGAUAUUAAAUCUGCCAACAUUCUAUUAGAUCACAAUCAUAGGGCAAAAGUUUCUGAUUUUGGAGCCUCAAGACUUGUUCCUCUUGAUGAAACUCAAGUUACCACCGUAGUCCAAGGGACGUUAGGAUAUUUGGAUCCAGAAUACCUCCUUACGGGUCAAUUGAAUGAGAAAAGUGAUGUUUAUAGUUUUGGGGUUGUGCUUGUGGAGCUAGUUACUGGAAAUAAAGCAGUUGACUUCAACAAACCAGAGCAAAGAAAUUUGGCUAUGCACUUUGCAUCUUCACUGAAAGAAGACAACUUGUGGGAGAUUCUUGACAAGCGAGUGUUAGAUCAGAAGAAUGAAGAGCAACUAAAAGAAGUUGCUUUCUUGGCAAGGAAAUGCAUCAGGGUUAAUGGAGAGGAAAGGCCGACUAUGAAAGAAGUAGCAACGGAACUAGAGGGUCUAAUUUCUAUGAAAAAACAUCCUUGGGGAAAGCGAGAGGAUAUGAUGUCUGAGGAAUGUGAAUACUUGCUUGGUCAUGUAACUGAUGGGUACGGAAAUGCUAGUGCUAGCACUUCAGCUGUCUAUGAUAGCAUACAGAGAGAAAUAGCAUUUGAGAUUGAAGAUGGGCGAUGA